GGACUCCCCCACGACCAAGACUACAUCAUGCGGGCCUUGGGGCUCCUUGGGAUAGUAGCCUCGCUGGCACUCGUCCCACAAACACUCGCAGUCAAGGAAAAGGACUUCAAGACCUGCUCCCAGUCCGGCUUCUGUCGCCGCGGUCGCGCACUCGCUUCGCGCGCCAGAGAGGCUGACACCUGGAACUCCCCUUACUCCGUCGAUGCUUCGAGCAUCUCUAUCGCGUCGGACUCGGCGUCUGUGACCGCCGGAGUCAAAUCUUCACUCUACCCAGACGUCAAAUUCCAGCUUGAACUUCGCGUGCACGACGAUGGCGUGGUGCGCGUGCGGAUGGACGAAGUGGACGGCCUGCGAAAACGGUACGACGAGGCGGCAUCCUGGGCACUCAUCGCGGAGCCUACCGUCAGCAAGACCGUGCAGUGGCAGGCGGGCAAGGACUACCUGCGCGCGAUUCACGGCCCGAAGAAGGAGCUCGAGGUCGCCGUGUCCUACGAGCCCCUCCGCGUCGCGCUGCUUCGCAACGGCAAGGCGCAGGUGCAACUGAACGGACACGGGCUAUUGCACAUGGAGCACUUCCGCACGAAGGAGGACAGCAAGACCGAGGAGACCUCGCAGGAGGUGGGGGAGCAGGUCGUGCUUGACGCGACGAACCCGCGCGCGUGGUUUGAGGGCACGGACGAGGACGGCUGGUGGGACGAGCGGUUCGGUGGGCACACAGACUCAAAGCCGAAGGGACCGGAAUCCAUCUCGCUCGACAUCAGCUUCCCCCACCAUCCCACCGUAUACGGUAUCCCUCAGCACGCCACGGCCCUUGCGCUCGCCGCCACCGUUGGCGAGGACGCCAAGUAUAGCGAUCCCUUCCGCCUCCACAACGCCGACGUGUUCGAGUAUCUCGCGGACUCGCCCAUGUCGCUGUACGGCUCCAUCCCCGUCAUGUACGCACACUCGGCCGAAUCAACGGUCGGCGUCUUCAACGCGGUUGGUUCGGAGACGUGGGUCGACGUCUGGCACUCGAAGCCGCAAUCAUCAGACACGCAUUGGAUGUCCGAGUCAGGCAUCUUGGACGUGUUCCUGCUGCCUGGACCUACGCCGAAGGACAUAUUCGCUCAGUAUGCCAGGUUGACGGGGACGGCAGCGAUGCCAGCGCAAUGGAGCUUGGGAUAUCACCAAUGUCGGUGGAACUACGUGAGCUCGGACGAUGUGCGGACCGUGUCACAGCGCAUGACAGAGCACGACAUGCCGAUGGACGUUCUCUGGCUCGACAUCGAAUACGCCGAGGAGCACAAGUAUUUCAUCUGGGAUCACAAAACAUUCCCCGACCCCGUUGAAAUGACAAAUGACGUUGCUUCUGUCGGUAGAAAGAUGGUCGUCAUUAUCGACCCCCAUCUCAAGCGUACUUCCAGCUACCCUGUGUAUCAGGAGGCCACCGAGCGCGGCCUGACCGUCCGGAAGCAGAACGGCGUGGACGAGUACGAGGGUCACUGCUGGGCGGGCAGCAGCUCUUGGCUCGACUGCUUCAACCCGAACAGCUGGAAAUGGUAUCAGGACCUCUACCUGCUCGACGGCAAACCUGAGUCCGGCGGCUGGCAAUGGACGGAGAGCACUGGGGACAUCCACAUCUGGAAUGACAUGAACGAGCCCGCCAUCUUCAACGGCCCCGAGAUCACCAUGCCGAAGGACAUGAUUCACUAUGGCGGAUGGGAGCACCGGGACGUGCACAAUAUCAAUGGCAUGCUCUUCACCAACCAAACCUGGCAAGCCCUCAAGGCGCGCCAGACGCCCGCGAAGCGCCCCUUCGUCCUCACCCGCUCCUUCUACGCCGGCUCCCAGCGCUGGGGCGCGAUGUGGACGGGCGACAACCUGGGUACUUGGGAGCAUAUGGCCGUGGGCAUCAAGAUGUGCUUGGCCAACGGGAUCGCGGGGAUGACUUUUGCUGGCUCCGACGUCGGUGGCUUCUUCGGCAACCCCGAGCCGGAGAUGCUGGUGCGGUGGUACCAGGUCGGCGCGUUCAACCCGUUCUUCCGCGCACACGCGCACAUUGAUACGAAGAGGCGCGAGCCGUACCUUCUGGAUGAGCCGUACCGCGGGAUGCUCAAGGAUAUCUUGCGCCUGCGGUACGCGCAGCUGCCUGUAUGGUACACUGCAUUCCACCAUUCGGCUGUUACGGGUAUCCCGAUCCUUAGGCCUCACUGGGUGCAAUUUCCGCAUGACUCAAAUGGGUUCGCGCUUGACGACCAGUACUUCAUUGGCGACUCUGGGCUCCUGGUGAAGCCGAUCACGACCGAAGGCGCCACCGAAGCCGAGGUCUACCUGCCCGCCGAGGACAACGUGUACUACAACUACUUUACCCACAAGGCCUACCGCUCUUCCAAGAAGGGCAAGACGGUCACCGUCCCCGCCGAGCUCUCGGAGAUCCCCCUCCUCAUCCGCGGCGGCUCCAUCGUCCCCACGCGCGAGCGCCCCCGCCGCUCCGCCCCGCUCAUGAAGCACGACCCCUUCACCCUGCGCGUCGCGCUCGACAAGUCCGGCGCCGCCCACGGCACGCUCUACCUCGACGACGGCGAGUCCUACGCCUUCGAGCAGGGCGACUUCGUCUGGCGCGCGCUGGGCGCGGAGACCAAGGGCAAGACCCUCCGCCUCACGUCGCGCGACCUCGCUGCGCAGCCGGCCGGCGUUGAGGCCGUGGGCCGGGAGGUCGCGCUGGACGCGUACCGCCCGGGGAACGCGUAUGCGCAGGAGAUCGCGGCGGUGCGGGUCGAGCGGGUGAUCGUGCUGGGCGCCGCGAAGCCGAGGUCGGUGACGGUGGACGGCCGGGAGCUGGUGUGGGAGUACGUGCCGGGCGUGAAGGCGGGGGAUAAGAAGGAGGAGACGGCGAGUGUGCUGACGAUUAAGGACCCGAAGACGCCGAUUGCGAAGGAUUGGGAGAUUGUGAUCACCCUGUAGCUUGUAAUGUGGAAGUAACUUGACGACUUUGACCCAUGUAUAGAAAGGACAAUUCAACGGAGCGAAGACAGGGAUAUGAAAUGCACGACUCUCUGGCU